CCAUCGUGAUCGUGGUUCACUUUGAGUUAGGAUAAGGUAACCAUGGUUAAAUAAAUCUACACUCAACCAAUUGUGUUGUGUUUACCUUACUUGGUUGCUUUCACUUCUUCCUCUCUGCUUCUUCUUCUUCCUUGCCCUCUCUCGCUAUUGAGCUUUUCUUUUUAACACGGAAUAUGAGUGACACAAAAGGGUUUUGAGGCUUUCUAUCACUCUAAAGCUCUUAGCUCAUUCACCUCUUGGGUGGUGUGGUCUAUUAUGUAAAUUACCAUUUGUGCAAUUUUUUCUCAGAUCUAUCCAACUUCUCUUUUUUAUCCUUUAUUCUGUUUGCAAAUCGCCAUCAUCACCAUUUGAUUUGCAAGACCAUAAUUUUUCUGCUUUGGUUUUCCCCUCUUCCACAUCAUUUUUCAAUUUUUUUUCCUCUGGGUGUUUUCUUCCUGAGAAAAUUUUGUUCUUUUUGGCUACCCUCCAAGCAGAUCCUACUUGGGAAAAGUAAAAUUUUCAGUUUUUUUUUUAUCAGUACCCUCUUUUCAGACCUUACCCUUAUGUUCUAGAUUUGAAGAUAUUGUCAUUACCUCACUCUUAUUUGUGCCAAGAUCUGCUCCCCCUUUUUCUUCUUUUAGAUCUUGGUCUGUUCCAUGAUGUAGUAGUACUUCAAAGUUGAGAGCUUUACCUUUCUGGGGUUUUGUUUUAUUUAUUUUUCAUCCUCCCCUUUGGAGUAUGAAAAUUUUCCUGGAAAAUUGGGGAGUUUGGAUCACUGAGUGAGAGAAAAGAAGAGAGAAAAAAAAGAUGAUGAAUUAUUUCCCCGACGAGGUAAUAGAGCACAUAUUUGACUAUGUGGUGUCACACAGUGACAGAAAUGCUUUGUCUUUGGUGUGCAAAAGUUGGUACAGAAUAGAGAGGUGUACGAGGCAAAGGGUGUUCAUAGGGAACUGUUACUCCAUCACUCCAGAGAGGUUGAUCCAGAGGUUUCCUGGUCUAAAGUCUUUGACUUUGAAGGGAAAGCCUCAUUUUGCUGACUUCAGUUUGGUGCCUUAUGAUUGGGGUGGCUUUGUGCAUCCAUGGGUUGAGGCACUGGCCAAGAGCAGGGUUGGUUUGGAGGAGCUUAGGCUCAAGAGGAUGGUGGUCUCGGAUGAGAGCCUGGAGCUACUUUCUCGUUCUUUCACACACUUCAAGUCUUUGGUUCUUGUUAGCUGUGAAGGGUUCUCUACCGAUGGCCUUGCUGCUAUAGCUGCAAAUUGCAGGUUCCUUAGGGAGCUGGAUCUGCAAGAAAAUGAAGUUGAGGAUCACAAAGGCCAAUGGCUAAGUUGCUUUCCUGAUAACUGCACAUCACUUGUUUCUCUUAAUUUUGCUUGCCUUAAAGGAGAGGUUAGUUUGGGAGCACUAGAGAGAUUUGUGGCCAGAUCUCCUAACCUGAAGAGUUUAAAGCUGAAUCGUUCGGUGCCCGUUGAUGCACUGCAAAGGAUAAUGAUGCGAGCACCUCAACUAUCGGAUUUGGGUAUUGGAUCACUUGUCCAUGAUCCAGAAUCGGAGGCCUACAUAAAGCUUAAGAAUACCAUUCUCAAGUGCAAGUCCAUAACCAGUUUGUCUGGGUUUUUGGAAGUUGCUCCUCAUUGUCUUGCAGCUAUAUAUCCUAUUUGCCCGAACUUAACAUCUUUGAACUUGAGCUAUGCAGCAGGCAUUCAGGGAAGUGCUCUGGUAAAACUAAUUCAUCACUGUGUUAAACUUCAGCGCUUAUGGAUAAUGGAUUGCAUUGGAGACAAAGGACUAGGUGUUGUAGCUACGACAUGUAAAGAUUUGCAAGAAUUGAGGGUUUUUCCAUCUGUUCCCUUUGGGGAUCCAGCAGCUGUCACAGAAAAAGGGCUGGUUGCAAUAUCAAUGGGCUGCCCUAAGCUUCACUCGUUACUCUACUUCUGCCACCAGAUGACAAAUGCUGCACUCAUAACAGUGGCUAAGAACUGCCCAAAUUUUAUUCGAUUCAGGUUGUGUAUCCUUGAUGCAACAAAACCUGACCCUGAUACAAUGCAGCCACUGGACGAAGGUUUUGGCGCAAUUGUGCAGUCUUGCAGGCGACUCAGGCGCCUAUCUCUCUCGGGGAAAUUGACUGACCAGGUUUUCCUUUACAUAGGAAUGUAUGCUGAGAAACUUGAAAUGCUGUCUAUUGCAUUUGCUGGGGAUGGUGACAAGGGAAUGCUGUAUGUGUUGAAUGGAUGCAAGAAGCUUAGGAAGCUUGAGAUAAGAGACUGCCCUUUUGGCGACAUGGCACUUCUGACGGACGUAGGGAAGUAUGAAACAAUGCGAUCCCUUUGGAUGUCGUCCUGUGAAGUGACUGUCGGAGCCUGCAAGUUGCUAGCCAAGAAGAUGCCAAGGUUGAAUGUGGAGAUCUUCAAUGAAAACGAGCAAGAAGAUUGUAGUCUGGAAGAUGGGCAGAAGGUAGAGAAGAUGUAUUUGUAUCGUACAUUGGCUGGGAAAAGGAAAGAUGCACCAGAAUAUGUAUGGACUCUGUAGGUGCAUUUUUUAGGUCAUUUAAUUUCUUGUUAUUCAGAAGUUUGUACUUGUUUUUAGGCUGACUGAAUUAAUGCAAUUUUAGCCGGGUGUAGUGUUUUGUAACUUCCUUGCAUUUGCUAGUUUUAUACAUAUGUUAGUUUGUCUUUUCUCCUAGAUAUUAUUAUUCCAUAAUGCCACUUUUUAUUACGUAUA